AUGGCAGACUUCAUUGUCCCGUCCACCAAUCGCCCGGAAUCGGAUGCUCAGCACCGACUACACGGUCCCAUCCAUGCGCAGCGCCACGUGCGAAUCAUCUGCGUCGGUGCCGGUGCGUCGGGUCUGCUGAUGGCAUACAAGCUGCAACGACACUUCAACAACUUCAGUCUCACAGUCUACGAGAAGAACCCAGAAGUCUCGGGCACAUGGUGGGAGAACAGAUAUCCUGGCUGCGCAUGCGACGUCCCCUCACACAACUACACCUGGUCCUUCGAGCCAAAAGUCGAUUGGUCGGCCGUGUACGCCAGCUCCAAGGAAAUCUUCAGCUACUUCAACGACUUUGCGCGCAAGUACGGCCUGCACAAGUACGUCAAGACGGAGCACCAGGUCUCUGGCGCGUACUGGAACCACGAGAAGGGCGGGUACGACGUGCACAUUCGGGACCUCCAGAAAGGUCAGGAUGUGCGUGAUCACUGCGACAUUCUCGUCAAUGCCAGUGGCAUCUUGAACAAUUGGGCGUGGCCUGCUAUCCCCGGACUCGACAAGUACAAGGGAACGCUUCUGCACACUGCAAACUGGGAUGAUAAGAUUGACCUCAAGGGUCGCCAUGUCGGUCUCAUUGGCAAUGGAUCCUCUGGAAUCCAAGUCCUCCCAACCAUCCAACCCCACGUCUCCAAAGUAACCACCUUCAUCCGAGAACCCACCUGGGUAUCCCCCGUGCAAGGCCUCGAGCAGCACGUCUUCAGCGACCAAGAGCGCCUCGAAUUCGCCACCAAGCCCCAAGCCCUCGUCGACUACCGCAAGAACGUCGAGCGCGGCCUCAACGGCCAAUUCGGCAUCUUCCUCAAGGGCACCACCACCAACAACGACACCGAGACCUACUUCCGCCAGCAGAUGUCCGAGAAGCUCUCCAACCCGUACCUCGAAGAGCGCCUCAUCCCCAACUGGCACGUCGGGUGCCGCCGCCUCACCCCCGGCGUCGGCUACCUCGAAUCCCUCGGCAAAGACAACGUCCAAGUCGUCUACGGCGAGAUCAACGAGAUCACGGAGCGCGGCUGCAAAUGCGACGACGGCAACGAAUACCCCGUCGACAUCCUGAUCUGCGCUACGGGCUUCAACACCUCCUUCAAGCCCCGCUUCCCCGUCAUCGGACCCUCCGGCAAGAACCUCCAGGACGUCUGGGCACAGGAAGCAACAUCCUACUUCGGGCUCGCGGCCGCCGACUUCCCCAACUACCUCAUCUUCCUCGGCCCCAACUGCCCCAUCGGCAACGGCCCCGUGCUCUCCGCCAUCGAAUGCCAGGCAGACUACAUGCUCAAGCUCAUCGACCGCUUCCAGACGCACAACAUCUCGCAGUUCGCGCCGAAGGCCGAGGCUGUCGCGGACUUCAUCGCGCAUAAGGACCUCUUUAUGUCGAAGACCGUCUGGCACGACCCGUGUCGCUCGUGGUACAAGGCGGCUGGCCCGAACGGGAAGAUAACCGCGCUGUGGCCCGGGUCAACGCUGCAUUACAUCGAGGCGCUGAUGGAGCUGCGGCUCGAUGACUGGGAGGUCAAGUAUAAUGGGAAUAGGUUUGCGUGGCUGGGUAACGGGUAUUCGCAGACGGAGCUGGACGAGUCGGCGGAUUGGGCGUAUUAUAUCAGGGACCAUGAUGAUGAUGAGCCAUUUAGUAGGGGACGGAAGUUGCAGUUGAUUAAUAAGAGUGGGACGGUGCAAAGUAAUCUGGGAGUGUCGUUUUCGGGCAUGGAUAAGAGUAAGGAGGGGGAGGCGAAGUUGUGAGGGUGUGAUGGGGAUGGGUGGAUGCAUUUGAUUGACUGAU